GUGCCUGGUCCCGCUAUGGCCAACCACUCGCAGUGCCUGGAGGAGGGCGCCGGGCGCUGGCCGCCGCGGCCGCCCGGUCCGUACAGCGAGGCGCAGCGACUGGCGCUGGAGGAGCUGGUGGCGGGCGGCCCCGAGGCGCUGCGGGCCUUCCUGCGGCGGGAGCAGCUGCCGCCCUUCCUCUCGGAGCCCGAGGUGAAGGCCAUCGCGCGGGGCGCUCUGCCGCCCGCCCCGGAGCCGGCGGGAGAGCCCUCGGCCGGCGCCUCGUCCCUCGACGCCUCCUCGCUCACCUACUUCCCCGAGCGCUCGGACCUGGAGCCGCCGGCGCUGGAGCUGGGCUGGCCGGGCUUCGGGAGCGGAGCCUUCCGCGGGCUGACGCGGGUGGAGGCACACUUCCAGCCGGGCUGCGGGGAGAGCCUCUACGGCUGCAAGGAGGCGGUGCGGCGGCAGAUCCGCUCCGCCCGACAGGUGAUUGCCCUUGUGAUGGAUUCCUUCACAGAUAUAGAUAUCUUUGGUGACCUCCAGGAUGCCUUCAGCAACCGCAAAGUCCCUGUCUAUAUCCUUCUUGACCAGGAUUUUCUACCCCAUUUCUUGGAAAUGUGCAAGAAUUUGGGAGUUUGUCCUGAGCAGGAAAGUCUCAUGAGAGUUCGAACUCUCACAGGGAACACAUACUACAUGAGGUCAGGUGCCAAAAUCAUUGGGAAAGUCCAUGAGAAGUUCAUGUUAAUUGAUGGCAUUAGAGUGACAACGGGCUCCUACAGUUUCACCUGGUCUGAUGGGAAGCUGAACAGCAGUAACUUGCUGCUCUUGUCAGGUCAAGUGGUUGAACACUUUGACCUCGAGUUCAGGAUUCUUUAUGCCCAGUCCAUGCCCAUCAGCCCUAAAUGUCUGUCCAGCUGCAGGAACAGUGGGAUAUUUGAUCACCUGGCAACCAGAACAGAGUCCCCCAAAGAAUAUACUGUGGAAAGCAACUUGAGAGCAGAAUUUGCCAGGCUGGCUAGCACUCCAAAGAAACUGCUGAAAGAACUAGAUCUGCCUGAAGAUACCCCUGGAGGCAAACCUUGCAACUUGAGGGAUUCCUGCCUCUGUGAAGAGGAGUGGCUCAGUGAUCAAGAGGCCAUAGUGGAACAGAAAAGUGUGUCAACUCAAACUGGCCCUUGGGAAGAGCAGCCUGUAGUGACCAAGAGGAACACUGCCACGCAGACCAGUGUUGCAACAGCAGAGUUGGGCACUCAGGCUUCUGUCAGUGCCAAAGUGAUGGGCACUCAGACUUCCAUUUUGCUGAAGACUGCAGUGACACAGACGAAGGAAGAUGAGCACACAGAAACACCCCUCCUUCACAGAAAGCUGUCAAAAGAAGGACCUGCUCUAUUUGGAACAGCUGUAUCAAGGUCCAGUCUGCGAUCACUGUCUUCAUCAUCAUCCCAGUGCUCUCUUACCAGCUCUGCUGGCUCAUUCUCUUCUCUCCGGUCCUUUGAAUAUUCUACCAGUCACAGGGCAGAAUAUUUUCAAAAACUGCAUAAAGAGAGGCAAUUCCACUACUCCACUAUCAGGUCAAAGCUUAGCCACAUGGUGGAUAUCCUGUCCCGGAGGGGACGUGUACCUGAACUGCCCCAGAGGGCACAUGUGCCUGAAAACCACAUGGCCCAGUACCCUGGGAGAUGCAACCUGAAACAGAGGAGGGACAUCAGCGCCAGCCUGCGCAGCCUCCGGGAUGUCUCACUCUUUUCUCUCAAUAAAUGAUCACUGCACUGAGUGCAGGGCACAAAAGCUCAAGUCUCAAAUUGCAGUCACUUUGUAUCUGCUAAUUCCUCCACUUCCUUCCAGCACUUUCACUUUUUUAACACAUGUACAUCACUAUACAUGUAUAUCAUAUGUGUACAUCUUAUUACCUAGAAGGGUUGGACCAGAUGAUCCUUGAGGUCCCUUCCAACAUUCUAUGAUCACUCUCUGGCACAUGGUUUUUAUU